CGAUCGACGCAAGAGAUCGUUCCUUCAAUUCCUUCCUUCGCCAAGAAACCAACCACGAGCAUAGCUAGCCAAGAAGAAGAAACCACCAUACGCACGUAGCUAGUAAUUAUCAAUGGCGACGGAGACCGCCAAGGAGGAGAUGGUGUUCUUCGACGUGGAGACGGCGGCGGCGCCGUCCCCCUCCGACGCGUCCGCCCAGUGGUGGCUGCUGGAGUUCGGCGCCAUCCUCGUCUGCCCGCGCCGCCUCGUCGAGCUGUCCAGCUACUCCACCCUCAUCCGCCCGGGGGACCCCUCCGCCGUCUCCAGGCGCUUCUCGGGCGACCCCGCCCUCUCCGCCGCGUUCCGCGCCGCGCCGCCCUUCGCCGACGUGGCCGACGACAUCUUCGCGCUCCUCCACGGCCGCGUCUGGGCGGGCCACAACAUCCGCCGCUUCGACUGCCACCGCGUCCGCGAGGCCUUCGCGGCGGCCGGCCGCGCCGCGCCGGAGCCCGUCGCCGUCGUCGACUCGCUCAGCGUGCUCGCACAGGGGUUCGGCCGUCGCGCCGGGGACCUCAAGAUGGCCACCCUGGCGGCGUAUUUCGGGAUCGGGAAGCAGACGCACCGCAGCCUCGACGACGUGCGCAUGAACCUUGAGGUGCUCAAGCACUGCGCCGCCGUGCUCAUGCUCGAGUCCAGCCUCCCCGCCGGCGUGCUCCCCGGCGCCGACGACGGCGCCGUCACCAGGCGCAGGGCCGCGACGUCUUCCACCACGACGGCACCCGCGACUCCUCCUCGUCCUCCUCCUGCCCCCGCGGUUCUGAAGGUGAACGGCAGGUCGUCGUGCAAGAGGGACAGCACGGGGAAGGUGGUGACGGCGGCGAAGGGGGCGGCGACGGCGACCUCUACCGGUGGCCGGAGAGUGCGACGGCCCAUGACGACGACGCCGUUCAGCAUGGUCCUCCGGCACUCGAGGGCCAUCGUCAGAUGAUCCAUGGAAUGGGUCGACUACAUACUGACUGCAUUCAUUCACUUGUACAUGGAAAGGGAAAUGUACAAAUAACCAUGCUAGCUAGCUAGCUAGGUAGCCCUGUCCAUAUUUAACCAAGGCUUAAUUAGAUAUACUUGUUGUAAAUUAUCUUCAUGUUGUUGUAAACACGCAACACACAUUUCAUGCAUUUGUAAAUGCUCUGUAAGUACCCGUACGUUUCAGAAAU